UCUAGUCCUCCGGCGGGCGGUUGCCAUGGUGAGGGGUUGCAGGUGGAUGAACUCGGGCUGCCAUUGAGGGGGCCUGUCUCUAGGGGGCGGCGGCAGCGGGGGAGGUUGGUCCGUGCGCUAAUGGAGUCCCUCUGCGAGUACCUGAUGUAUUUCCCGGCCGGGCCGGUUCCGGAUUACAGUCGCUACCGCAGCCUCCCCCGCCGGGCCCAGCUCUACCUGGGCGAGACGGUGCGCUUCGUGCUGGUGGUCCGCUGCCGGGCCCGCGACUCCCCGCUGGAGGCCGGGGCCCUGGAGCCGCCCGGCUGGCGGGAGCUCUCCAGCUCGCUGUCCGCCCUGGCCAGCGUCUGCCCCGGCCUCCAGCAGCCGCCGCCUCCUCCUCCGGAGGAGCAGCGGCAGCAGCAGCAUCAUCAGCGGCGGCGGCAGCAGCAGGAGCUCGGCGGCUUCCGCGAGUGCCGCCCGCUGCUCACACACGGCGCCGGGGCGGCGGGCAAGGAGGGCGACUGCAGGAGUCAGACUGUGGUGGAGGAACCAAUCAUUUCCAACGAUGAAGUCAUUUUCCCCCUUUCAGUGGCUCUGGACAAGCUCCCGGUUGGAACUGUAAAGGCGAAGAUCAUCGUCACCGUGUGGAAACAGGACCGGGAGAAAGCAGAAGUGCGGGAGCACGGUUACCUGACCAUCCUCCAGAACCGCAACCCCUCGCAAAUCUUCCGGGAAGAUCAAUACUCCUUUAAAGCCCAAGUGAGUACGUUGCUAACGGUGCUACCACCUCCGACGGUCAAGUGUCGACAGCUCAAUGUCUCGGGGAAACAGCUGACUGUUCUUAAAGUGUUAAACACCUCCUCUCAGGAGGAGAUCUCCAUCCAGGAUAUCCGGAUUUUGCCAAACUUCAAUGCCAGUUACUUGCCCAUGAUGCCUGAUGGUUCGGUGCUGCUCGUAGACAAUGUUUGCCACCAGUCGGGUGAUGUGUCCGUGGCUUCGUUCUACAGAAUGGACGGCAUCUCCAGCCACCUCCCGACAAAGCUCAGCGCCCUGGAGGAGCAGGCUUUCCUCUUCCAGCUGCAGGUUAAUGAGCGGCCACAGCAGGAGACAAAGGAGGGUUUGGAAGUGCCGUUGACUGCGAUAGUGUGCUGGUCCACUGCUAACCUGGACCUUGACAACAAGAUCUAUACACAUUACAGACUUCCCAACAUCCAGCUGAACCGCCCCAAGUUUGUGAUGAUGGCAUCAUGCGAGUCGCCCAUCUCCCUGUACAAGCGCUUCACCGUCAAGUACACGCUGCUCAACAACCUGCAGGACUUCCUGGCUGUCCGGCUGGUGUGGACCCCAGAGAGUGCCCUCAGCGCGCAGGCCGGAAAGAAGCUGUCUGAGGAAGAUCUGCGGGCUGCUGAGACCACCCUCAACUCAGUCGUGUGCCACACGCCGCUCAACCACUUGGGCUACUGCAAGAAAGGCAGCACGGUGACCUACAAAGUGGCCUUCCAGGUGCUCCGUGCUGGACUCUUUGAGCUGAGCCAGCACAUGAAGCUGAAGUUACAGUUCACUGCCAGCGUGACGAACCCUCCUCCUGAGGCCCGGCCGGUUUCCAGGAAGAACAGCCCGAGCAGCCCUGCAGUCCGAGAUCUCAUGGAGCGUCACCAAGCCAACCUGGGCCGUUCACAGUCCUUCUCCCAUCAGCAGCCCUCACGGAACAGCCACCUGAUGAGGACCGGGAGCGUGAUGGAGCGCCGAGCGAUCACCCCUCCCGUCGGGUCUCCGAUCGGCCGCCCGCUUUACCUGCCCUCGGAGAAAGCGGUGCUCUCCGUAGACAAGAUCGCCAAACGCGAGUGCAAAGUGCUGGUGGUGGAGCCUGUCAAGUAGGAGAAAGGC